AUGGUGUGUUUGGCCAUAGGGUGCGCUUCAGACAAUGUGGUCCAGACUUUCCUAUUGCCUAGGUGUGCUGUGAAGUUCUGCUCGAAGUUUAAUUCGGCUGCCAUUUCAUCCCUAGGCGGCAGCGACAACGACUGCGGCAGUACCAGUGGCGGCAAAAGCCGUCGGCAAAACAUAGAAUUCGAAGACGAAAUAAAUAUAAGAACAUUAAGUUUACUCAACAAAAAAGAUGACAGAGAAUAUGACCUUGUUCCGCCUGAUGGCGGUUGGGGCUGGCUUGUGCUGUUAGGUUCGUGCUUGACAAACAUUCUUAUCCCUGGUACCAUCAAAAGUUUUGGAGUACUAUUUUCGGAGUUUACCGAAGCUUUCAACUCUUCGCCCACGAAGGCCUCCUGGAUACCGGCGCUGUGCUAUUUUCUUUAUAGUUCGUUGGGUCCCGUUUCCAGCAUAUUGUCUGUGAAGUACUCGUAUCGCACGGUCACCCUUCUUGUUGGGGCCUCUGCUUCGUUGGGAAUGAUACUCUCCUUCUGGGCAUCAUCAAUUGAGUACUUGUAUGUCAGCUAUGGCGUUUUGGUGGGAAUUGGUGCUGGGCUCUACAUCGUAACGUCGUACUUUGCAAAGCUUCGCGGCUUGGCUAACGGCCUGUGCAUCUCUGGCAGCGCGUUGGGCAGCAUAAUUCUACCGCCCCUUCUACGCUGGCUACUUGAGACCUACGGCUAUCACGGCUCCUGUCUUAUCAUGGGCGGCAUUACCCUGAACGUAUUUGUAGCUGCUCUUUUCUAUGAGCCUGUUGAGCAGCACAUGGUACGAGUGCGACGUACACGGCAGGCCUUAGAGGACAUUCCCGAAGAGGAAGACAUUGGCAUUGUGAUGAAGUUCGAAAAUGUAGACGUGUCUACAACAAAUAUCGAGCAAGCGGAUAAGCAGUUGUUACCUUACAACUCCCCUCCAUCGCCACUGUACCUACCCGAUGAUGAAAAGCUACAGUUUGUACGGAGUGCUUCCGCAGCGAUUGUCCAAAGCUACUCAAAACCUGGAGACGAGUUUCAGCCUCGAUCUCGUAAGAUUAGUACACCGGUGAGGUUACCCCAACGCAAUCAGACAUUUACACCUGGACAAUUAAAUUCGCAGUCUUCUUUGUACGCUGUACCCGAGGACCACUCAAGCUCGAACAAGCUUACUUUAAGGAAUUUGUCAAAGUCGCGGCUAUCUAAACGCUCGCCCUCAACCAGCAGUUUUUUAUACGUCAGCACACCAUAUCACGGUAGCACAUUGUCCUUCCAGCCGAAGGAAUACUCCUCGCACUUUUCCCUUCGGUCAGUCACAAGUAGUGGAACUGGCGUUGCAGGCGGUUCGACCGGGCCAGAUGGAUCACAGACUGAUGUCGAAACCAGGGACAAAGCGCUAACCUCAGCACGGUCAAAGUUUUUCGAUUUAAGCCUCUUAAAAGACCCGAUGUACUUGGUCAUAUUAAUGUCGAAUUCGACGAAUGCCAUCAGUUACACAAACUUUAUUAUUUUGCUGCCCAGUUUUGGAGAAGCCAGGGGCUUUAACAAAUCAUUAUCUGCGUAUCUGCUUUCAAUUGUCUCUGCCACUGAUCUAAUUGGACGUAUUGGAGGGUCAGCACUUUCGGACAUGGGAUACAUACCUAAGACCUGGUACUUCGUUGGCGGCUUGUCAAUAUCAGGUCUUUCCCUUGCGCUUCUACCCUUUGCAUGGUCUUACAGUUCGGUAUGCUUCUGGUGCGCAGUUUUUGGCCUCGCUUCUGGAAUUUACGUGGGAAUUACUGCCGUAAUCAUGGCAGACAUGCUAGGCACAGAACGAUUAACGUCAUCCUAUGGCAUAAGUCUGUUCGUUAAUGGCUUGCUUCAGUUGGUUGGGCCUCCACUAUGUAACUACUGGUUCGAGGCCGUCAAUGAUUACAAUCCUCUCUUCCACGCUCUUGGCUUAACGCUGUUGGCCGGAGCCAGUCUUUGGAGCUUUAUGCCUUGGAUUAAUCGACGCAAAGCCAAAACGGAAAAGAAACUAGAAGCACAAAUUGAUGAAGAGGCUGUCCAAAGCCACUAA